UCAAAAUGCCUCGCUCAACGUAUCCGUCAGGAAGUAAAUGGAAAGAAGUCCUAGGCUUCGACGACGAAUAUACUUCCUCAAGACAUAGCAGAAAACAAAGUACAAGCACAUCUUCUAGUCAACCCUCAAACUCCCUGUGGUCGCCCCAAUUGAUCUAUCAACCAACACCGCCUUCAUACCCUCGAUUGCCCCGCGAUAUAACAUUCUUCCGCUCAAGAAGCGACAUCCUUCUUUCACCCUCCUCACCUGCUCCAUCACCAAACGAUCUCAAGCCACUUCCAGCCCCACCACAUCUCUUUUACAUCACCGUACAGCGAGAAUACUACCCCAAUUCCUCAAAUUCCUCCACAAGUUCAGCCGGAACCAGCAUUGGAAGACCAGACCUAAUCCUCCAUUCUGGACCAUGUAAAGCAAACACCGUCCUGAGCUACGCCAAAUUCCAUCCAUUAACAGAAGACACGGAACUCACUCUCUGUCCCGCUGUCCCCAAAGCCGUAUCGGCGAAUUUCUCAACCCUCGAUGUCACUUUCCCAUUGCCAAAUCAGCAUUCAAGGUCGAAUUCCACUUCGACUUCUGACUCUACUUCGAAUUCAACAACAAGCUCAACAACUUCUAGCACCAGAGAACGAGAGAGGAGGACAAAGUUUCAUACCGAGACUUUGACUCCGUCCAACGGAUCGCUGUUCAGUGCUGAGAAGCAUACUUUUCAUCAUACGCUCCCGUGCUCCUCUCCGCCUAUUAGAGAAAGGUUCGAGUGGCGGUAUUCUGGCGGCCCGUUCCUUCGACCUGGUGACCGGGGCAGAGAAAGUGGAGGAUUGAAAUUGGUGAGGUGUACCACUGGAGAUGUAGUUGCUGUUUAUGCAGGGUUGGGCGAAGGCGGCGAUAGAGACAAAAGGAAGAAUCCAAGAGGAGUGGUGGGCAUGAUGCGGUUCUUGAGUAGCGGAGGAGAUGGGGUUGGGUUGAGAGGGCUUGAAGGGGAGUUCGAGGUAUUGGCUGUCAUGAGUAUUUUGACAGUGGUGGAGAAGAAUAAGAGGGCGGCGAGAAAGCAUAGGAAAGCGCUAGGUGCAGAUUGAACUGUGGCUGUCUCUCAACUUAAUGUGAAAGUUGAUAUUUGGGAAAAGAAGAAUGUUCAGCGGAAGCAGAGUAUCUGAAAACACAAGAAUGCUCAAGGAAAGGGUAAUGUUUGAGAGGUGAACAAUGGGAUGAAAAUACCUUCAGCGAGGAGUAUGG